CUCAAGAGCAUUGCAAAGGGGAGCUGGAGCUGCCACGGAGCCGUGAUGAGCGGAGGGGUCUACGGUGGAGAUGAGGUUGGGGCGCUGGUGUUCGACAUUGGCUCCUUCUCGGUGCGGGCCGGCUAUGCUGGAGAGGACUGCCCUAAGGCAGAUUUCCCCACCACGGUGGGUUUUCUGUCCCAUGACGAAUCGGCAAUGGAGCUGGAUGGAGACAAGGAGAAGAAGGCAGGGAAAGUCUAUUACAUCGACACCAAUUCCCUGCAUGUGCCGCGGGAGAACACAGAGGUCGCCUCGCCUCUUAAGAAUGGGAUGAUUGAGGACUGGGACUGCUUCCAAGCCAUCCUGGAUCACACCUACAACAAGCACAUCAAGUCCGAGCCCAACCUGCACCCGGUGCUCAUGUCUGAGGCCCCGUGGAACACACGAGCCAAGCGGGAGAAGCUGACAGAGUUGAUGUUCGAGCAUUACAGCAUCCCAGCCUUCUUCCUCUGCAAGACGGCUGUGCUGACUGCUUUUGCCAAUGGACGCAGCACCGGCCUGGUCUUGGACAGCGGGGCAACCCACACCACAGCCAUCCCAGUGCAUGAUGGAUACAUCCUCCAGCAAGGAAUCGUGAAAUCCCCGCUGGCCGGUGACUUCAUCUCCAUGCAGUGUCGAGAACUUUUCCAGGAGAUGAACAUUGAGAUAAUCCCUCCAUACAUGAUUGCGGCCAAGGAGGCUGUGCGUGAAGGUGCCCCACCCAACUGGAAGAAGAAAGAGAAGUUGCCCCAAGUCAGCAAAUCCUGGCACAAUUACAUGUGUAAUGAGGUCAUACAAGAUUUCCAAGCCUCCGUACUGCAAGUCUCAGAUUCUCCCUAUGAUGAACAGGUGGCUGCCCAGAUGCCCACUGUCCACUACGAAAUGCCGAAUGGAUAUAAUACAGACUAUGGGGCAGAACGACUCAGAAUCCCAGAAGGGCUUUUUGACCCCUCCAACGUGAAGGGCCUGUCUGGGAACACGAUGUUAGGGGUCGGCCACGUGGUCACUACCAGCAUUGGGAUGUGCGACAUCGACAUCCGGCCCGGCCUCUACGGCAGCGUCAUCGUCACUGGGGGAACCACACUGCUGCAAGGCUUUACGGAUCGCCUCAACCGAGAACUGUCACAGAAAACACCACCGAGCAUGCGUCUGAAGCUCAUCGCCAGCAACAGCACCAUGGAAAGGAGGUUCAGCCCUUGGAUUGGGGGGUCCAUCUUGGCUUCUCUAGGUACCUUCCAGCAAAUGUGGAUCUCCAAACAGGAGUACGAGGAAGGGGGGAAGCAGUGCGUGGAGCGGAAAUGCCCCUGAAAAGACACAUUGGCCUCCCAUCCCCACCCCAGGACCCCCAUGUGGAUGCUGCUGC